AUGGCAAAAAACACCCCCAGCCCUCCGCCGAGGGCAAGAUCUCGCCGGGGCGCGGCGCCGACGUCGCCAACCCCAGCCGCCGCUCUGAGCCCUCCUUUCUCCCUUGCCCCACUGCGCACCCGCCUUGGCGCUGCUGCUGCUGCUGCGGCGGCGGCGGCCGCCGCCGCCGCCGCCGCCUCCUCAUCCCCCGUCGAGCACCCAUGCGUCACGCUGUGGGAAUGGUGGCCGGUGAGGGUGGAAGGGGAGGAGCGGAAACUCGCGGUUUCCGGCUUCACUGAAAGGAAUGACGCAUUCACUUCUGCACCCAUAGCACAUCGUUAUGAGCCUCUCACGCUCCAGGAUGAAGGUGGGGUUGUGGUGCUCCUUCAUGGUUCAAUUAGCUUGUUGCGAAUGCGUCAAAAUGGAUUUUCUGUGCAGAUAUGCGAACAAUUCAUGAUUGGAUUUCCGUCCUGGUGGGAGACUUGGGAUUCGCACAUGGAGUCUUACCCAAACUGUUUUAUUGAUCCACGAGAGGGUUCAGCUCAGUUUUACCUGGAGAAAUUCCAGCUAGGCAAUUUUAUUCAAAAGUUUGGACCCUCGUUCAUCGAGGACCUUCUUAAUAAUGCUAAAAAUUUCCCAAUCGACCAUCUCGAUGCAUUCACAGAGAGUUCAAGAUUCCAGGAACACAACUGUGGAAAUGAUGCUUCAACCAACGAAAAUUCUGCUGCUUCAGAUGAUGCCAGACCCGCAACUGUAGCUAAUGUGGAAAUAGGCUUGACUACGAGCAGCACUUCACAAGAAAGAGAUCAUGUGGACAUUGAGUGUAAUGUAUCUCUUGCUCCUGCAGAAACAUAUACUGGUGAUGAAACUUGCAAAGAGGCAGGAAAUCAGAAUGACACUACGCAUCCAGAUGCAAGGGAAGACAAUGCUGGUAGCCAUCUUUUCAACUCCGAUUGGACUUGCACUAUGUGCCCUGAUCAUAUGCCCAAUGACUCAGAAGGUGGAAAUGCCACCCGUGCUGAAAAUGACACCAUGUCCCCUGAUCAUAUGUCCCCUGAUAAUAUGCCCAAUGACUCGGAAGGUGGAAAUGCCACCAGUGCUGAAAACUCAGUAGAACUGCUGGGUAAAUAUCCUUUAGCCGUAGUACUGCCUGAAAGUGCUAAUUGCUGCUCAGAGAUUCCUGGUGCUUCUCAAAGUGUUGAACCCUCAAGUUAUCAAAGUACUCCAGUGGCUUCACUGAAGAAUCAACACUGCUUGGAAACAACUGAGCACAUCACAUUGACUCAGAAGGCAGUAUCAAAUGAAGAUACACCAUCUUCAAUUCACUCAGAUGUGCAAUCCCAGGAAAAACAGACUGUAGGUUCAGCAGAGAAGCGGAGAUCUGCAAAGCAAGUGUUGGAGCGUCCUACUAGAUCGCCAAUGACCAGAACUUCAGCCCCAUAUGUGCAUAAAUCUCGGCUUACUCGUUCUAGGGCCCAGUCAUUAUCUAUUUCCACACCCGAGUCUCUCAAAAUGAGAAGAACCAAAUCAGGUCGAGUGGUAGUACCCCAAUUGGAUCCAGGAAGGAGUAGGAUUGUCUAUGACAACAAUGGGUUGAUUUCAGGCGUCGCUCCUGUGGAUGGUUUGUUGAGAAGCUCCCCUGCCAAAUUUGCAUGCCAUAUACUACGUAUAUAG